CUCCAGGAGCAGCCCAAGAUGCAAAUGUCCCUCGUCUGCCUGUGCCUGUGCCUGCUCAGCACAGCCCUUGCCACACCUGUGCCACCGCCGCUGACUGGGAAUGCUGCUGGGAACUGUGUGGGACAGCACCGGAUACUUCUGAAAGGCUGCAACGCUAAGCAUGGCUUCUACAUUUUCAAAUAUGUCUACUCAUUCUCAACGCGGAGGAACCAGACACAGAUAAAGAAAGAAGAGGCUGACCAUCAGAGGAUUAUCCCCAGCCGGCUGGAUGAGGACAAUGCCAAGCAGGAGCCACCAGCUGGGACAGCUGGGACAGCCCCAGAGCACAGUGACAACAGCAGCACUGAAAUAAUCGAGUAUGGGAUUGUCUUCAAGCCUGAAAACCACACCACCACAGGCAUCAGCAGGGAUGGUCCCAGUCCACGCCCUGGCACUGGCACACGAGCACGUGGCAGUGGUGGCAGCACAGGUCCCACCCCAUCCAGCUCAGAGGGCAGCGGUGAUCUGGAUUUGGUGGUGGAAGUUGAUGGUGGCACUCCCAUUCUUCCUCAGGGUGAACACCCCAGGGAGGUUGUAGCGGGGAACAAGUCCAGUGUGAGGAGUGAGGACAAGGAUGACGGUGUCCCUAGGGUUGUUCCAGUGGAGGGGGCCAUGACCACUGGGAGGAGGAGGGCUCCUACUACCAGAGGGGUGGGGGAUGAGGGCAGCGGGGAGGCCACUGUCUCUGGCCAAGGGCAGCAGGGUGUUAAGCAGGAUACAGGGACAGAAGGCAUCUCUCGGUCCUCUGUCACCGAGAAGAUGGAGGAUGUCCAAGUGGAUGCUGCAGGUGUGGAUGAAUACGCUUACGUCCCUGAUUCAGGCAGUGUCACCAUCACCCGUGGGAGCCUGGGCAGCACAGACAGGGACACCAGCUUCACCCGGGUCUCUCCAGACAAGGAUGAAGAGGUCAACAUCUUCAUUGGGAGGGCAAACAUCCGUGUGGGGGAGCAGGAAACCACCCAGGCUGGUGCCACAGUGGGUAGCAAGGAUGACGGCAUCCCUUCUGUGGGAACCAGCAGCCCCGUCUCCAGGCUGGACGUCACUGCGGCACCCAGUGGUGGUGAAGACGACAGCAUCCCUGCCCGCAGGCAGCCUGAAAGACUGGCCACCACAGCCACCCCAACUCGUUGGGACAGUGUCACCAGCAGCCUCAGGGACGGCCGUCUCACUGGAGAGGAUGAGGAAGGUGCCACCACCAUCGGUGUUGAUAGAGGACUGGUAACCCCUGUCCCCUGGAGAGUCACUGGUGGUGACAUUACCAGCCCCACAGUGGCCAGCAUCCAUGGGAAAGAUGAUGAUGAGGUGAGAGGAGUGGGGCAGAGGUCCAAGGGGAAGCCAGACCAUGUGGCUACCAUGACCCCCCACCAGUGGGAUGACAUGGAGGCCACUGUCACUGUCCCAGCGGAGGGGACCAGCGUCCGCCCAGCCACUACUGAGUGGGACCGCACCACUGUGCCAGUGACAGCUAGCAGCCGCAAGGCAGGAAUGGGCACUGCGUUGGGCACAGGAGGGAGUGGGGAAGUGGGGACAGCCACCUCCCGACCCCCCCGUGUGGAGGCACGGCCCGGGACAGGGAUCAGGGUCCAUCCAGGGGGAGCAGGGCUGGACAAGACACCCAGGACGGACAAAGCACCAUCCCCAAGUGGGAAGCCCAGCAGCUGGGCGUCGAGCGGGGCCCAGACAAGUGUUGGUGGCUACGAUGGCGAUGCUGGGGGCAGGUCACAUGCCACCAAAGCAGCAACCAGCCCCGUUCCACGGGCAGGGCAAGACAUGGGCAGCACGGCAGCAGGCAGGGGCCGGGGGCAGAGGCGAGGCGGAGGGAGCGGAACAGCAGCGCCCGAGGCCGGGCCCGGCCGCCUGCCCGGGCAGCAUGGCAGGAGGCAGGAGGGGGCUGGGGCACCGGGCACCAUGGCCACGCUGGGCCGCAGCCGGCAGCUGGACCAGUUUAAACGCGCUGACGAGCUCCAUGUCCGUGAGAGGGCCUUCUACAGUCUCGGCGGGGCUGGCGGCGGCCCCCACGGCCCCUACCCCGGCCUUGGCAGCGCCGACAGCAGCCAGUCCUCCGAGGGGGACCAGGGCAGCCACAGCGAGAGCGGACAGACGGGACUGCAGCCCUCAGGGUGGGGAUCCCCCGCGUAUCCCCAAGGCCGCUGGAUCCAGGGGCCUCUGUGA